UCGAUUGCAGAAAUUGCAUCCAGUAGCUCUGACUUUGACACGCUCGUAGCUGCUCUUGGAUUGACUGGCUUGGACGGUGUCCUCGCCGGAGACGGUGAGUUUACCGUCUUUGCUCCUACUGACGAUGCGUUUGCAGAUCUUGACAGCAACAUUCUCUCCAGAUUGCUUGAUCCUGAAUUUGCUGCCAACCCCGCAAUUCUUACUGACAUUUUGACCUAUCACGUUAUUGCUGGGGUUGUUCAUUCGAGCUCCUUGUCUGGAAAUGCGGAUGUCACAACACUCCAGGGCGAUACCGUCUCAAUCACUGGAAGUAACGGUGGAGUCACCAUUAAUGGAGAUACGCGAGUUCUUGAAGCCGAUGUUUUUGCUUUUAACGGACUGAUCCAUGGGAUCGACAACGUUUUGACAUUCCGGGGCUUUACUUGUCCCUAGAUUUCUUUGUGAUAUGAUAGUACAUGAUGUCUUUGAAUAGCAAAGUGAAAACAUGUCUUGAAUCAAGCCAGUUAGUGGCUCUGUAAUCAGAAACCAAAUAACAAUGUAAGCGUUGGGUUGUCUAUACUUGAGGUUCUCAUCGACUGUUAAGUUCGCAUCUGCAAAGUAGAAGUAGUAGUAGCUUUCAGGAUACGCUUCUUCGCGACGAUUACAUUGCUCAACUUGAAGCUUCGUACAAAUGUUGUAAUGUGCUCCUCGUCACGAUCCGCACAGUUCACAUCUACACCGGAACUGAUAGUCUUUUCGGAGCAAGUCCUGUCGAUCACGGCGGUCAAGGUUAUGGUCGAUGUAACUUAUGGUAACUUCGUCUUGCGCUCGAAUAGAUACUUUUGCGGUCAAACGCAAAGAGGGGAUAUGUCCUGGUUCUCCGUAGAGGAAGCAUUGUAUUGCGUUGGGGAUACAGCUAUGAUUAAUCCGGUGCGCGGUUUUGAAUAGCCCAACCCCUAUGCCGUAGCCGCUUUCGUCAGAAAUAGUAAAGGCGUUGACUUUCACUCUUGACAAUAGCUCUGACAGUUGCUUGGCCCUCAAAGUUUGCGCUCUAAUGGGAAAUGUGUUAUUCAACAUGGCAGCAGCAGUCAUUCGGACAGCGUGUUCAUGGGCCUCAGCGCAAGGAUCCGAAAGGGUACUGUGUGUUUGCAUUUUUGCGAGCUCGUCCCAGGAUACUUCAUUCAAUACAACCGCCCUCAUCAGUCUGUAGAUAAGAAUAGCUGUCGGAAGAAGAACGGGAAUAUGUGUUACCGACUCGACGCAGCAAAUUUCUUCUCCAAGCCAAGAUUGAGCCUUUUCUAUACAAGCCUUGGAACAUACUGAAACGGGGAAUUUUUCCAAUUGACACAUGUGAACACCGCCGUGUUCCGACAAGUGGGACGGUCCGCG